AUGAACGCUAUAAGGCCGUCCAUCCCUCGUUUGUCCGCCUUGCUUCGCAAGAAGCCGUUUCCCAUGCCUUCUCCGGGACCACCUUUACCGCCCGGCAUUCUCGUUGAUGAAGAGAUCUCGCCAGUGUACGAUUCCAAGUACUUCUACCCAGCGAAGCCUGGAGAGGUACUCGCCGAUCGUUACCAAACCCUGGUUAAGGUUGGCUGGGGCGUGUUUUCAACAGUAUGGCUCGCGCAUGAUUUGCAAAGGCAUAUCGAAAAGCCAGAGAGUGUCGUGACACUAAAAAUCGCCAAUAACAAUGCGAGUUCCGCUGGUCAUGAGCGCGGGGUUGAAGAGCACAUUUCCGCCGCAGACCCAUCACACUGCGGCCGCUCACUUAUCCGAACAUCGUUCGACUUUUUUGAAGUUAAAGGUCCAGAAGGUUCUUAUUCGUGUCUUGUGUAUCCGCCUAUGAGGGAGCCAUUGUCCAUGUAUCAGCGGCGCUUUGACGAUAGAAAGAUGCCACUACCCCUUAUUAAAACAUACAUUCGUGCUCUUCUUACGGGGCUUGAUAAUCUUCAUAAAGAAUACAGGAUAGUUUAUACGGAUCUAAAGCUUGAAAAUAUCAUGGUCUCAUUCGAGUAUCCAACUGUGCUUGCUGAUUUCAUGAAUUCGGAGCAUGAAAAAUCGAUGGCUUUUAAGAUUGAUUCCACGGGACGGCCAGUGUAUCAGUCCCGUAAUGACUUCGGGCCACUUAAAUGUCUAAGAAGCAUACCACAGCUUGUCGACUUUGGCUUAGCAACUAGACUCGAGGAAGACGACGACUGGGGCACUUGGCCUAUUCAGCCAGACUACUAUCGGGCGCCAGAGGUGAUAUUGGGUAAUAGAUGGCAAAUGCCUACGGAUAUUUGGAAUCUUAGUUUGUGGGAUAUGAUCGAAGGCAAAGAGCUAUUUCGGCAUAUCUAUAAUCAACAAGGUCGCUACGAUGCUAAACUACACCUCGCCGAAAUGAUAGCUUUACUCGGGCCACCCCCUCCAGAGGUCAUAUAA